AUGGAGGAUAUCGGCGUGAUUCACCUCGAUAGCGGCCGCUUGUUCAAAAUCCGGCUGAGCGAGUUGGAGCGAUGGCUUCCAAAAAUCCACCAUCUGGUCCAUUUCAAUAGAUUUGACGCCCGUGGCCUGGUUGUACAGAUGACCGGUAUUUUCGAUGGCCAGGUAUACCGUACCAUCACAGCUGAAACGAUCAUAACAGUUUUGGACGAAUUUAUGACACAGCUAGAAUUGGAACCUCUUUUCGCCCCUCCUACUGGAAAGACUCUGCAGAGAAGCAUCGAACUUCGUCUUAGGAAGGACUUGCGUGUCGCAAAUAUCGCAGGUCUUCGGCGUAGCAGAGAGAACUUUAUAAUUCUUUGCCUCUUAGCGCGACUCAGCCGAUCGCAAGCUCUAGCGAAAUCCAUGGCAACUUUCCUGCGCUGUUUUGUUUGGGAGAUCGUUCACGGUGAAGAACCCGAGCUGUUUAGAGAGUGGUGCAUGGGCAUCGUUGAAAUGCGAGACUUGGUACCCCACCAGAUCCUCAAGGAGCUGUUGCACUGCUUCUUCGGAUUCGUCGGUCGAGCAUACGAGCCCAGGCUGCUGCCUGCGUACUACGACCGACACGCAGAGACUAUAAUGAGAUACAUGUUGCAAGCGCAACACCACUCGCUGCUCAAUCAUCCACGAAGAAGGGCAUUGCUGAUACUCGAAGAUCCAGCUGGAUACUUGCGGGAUCGGCUUUUGGGUGUUGGUCGUCCUCUGCAGCAUUAUCGUCAUCAUCGCCAACUUCAACUCGCAUAUCCAUGGGUUCAGCCAAACGGAAGCUUCGAUGAGGUCGAGAAAAUGCAGUAUCAGCAGGAGGAGAUGAACAUGAAGAUUGACCACAUGAACCGAAAGCUCGAUUACUUGAUCUGA